AUGUCGCAAAACGUCCCUGGCCAGCUCUCCAACCAGCUGAUGGAUCCCAACAUGCACGAGAAUGCCUCCAGCGCCACUCUCCAGGAGACAGACAGCGUCAAUACGUUGCUGUCGCGGACCAGCCAGAAAAACAGCAAUGUGGUGGACCUGGAGCCCCGCGACGCGCGAGAUUCCCAGCCGAUUGGCGGCGAAUCGCCGGCGUUGCUGGCCACGUCCGUUGGGUUCGACUCGCAGGGCCAUCUGAUCACGUCGGCCUCCAACAUCUCGCUUUUGUCGCUCUCGUCCACGCCUUCCAAUUUGCAGCGAACGUUCACCAACCCGCGUCUGCCGCUGCUACAGACGACGUCGUCGACGGCGGUCCCGCAGCAGCAGCAGUACUACCGCAAGUACUCGUUCACGUCGCCCAAGACCAGCGGCCGUGCGCAGCCGAUGGCAAUCCACGCGGCGCCAGACUCGCCGUCGCUGAUCCCGACGUCUCUCGCCGCGUCGCCGUCCAACUUCAACCUGAACCAGUCGUCGCCGCCAAACUCGCUCAAGUCGCGCAGCUCGUCCUACAUCAACGCUCCAAGUCUCCGGCUCAACACCCGAUUCCCAACGCACCUUCCCUCAACGAGAACAGACUCGGUCCCGAACUCGAUCGGCGGCCGCUCGCCAGAGUUCCUGCCCUGCUCGCUCUCGAUGCCGCCCAUGACGCCGCUCAACCUCUCGAUGCCCGCCGUGUCGGACGAGAGCCCCUUCGACAACGACAGCGACCCAAACAGCCAGGGCAGCUACAGAAGCGGGAAAAGCCCCAAUCUCGAACAUUACGACGGCCCCGUCUUUGCAGAGCAGAUCCAGGACGCAGAGCUAUAG